AUGCCGCCCCAGGAGCUCUUGGAUUACUCGCCUACCUUACGAAGAAGCGGCUGUCCCAGCCGAGGCAGCGGCUCGGAGCUGGGCAUUAAGUGUGUCCUCAUCGGGGAUGGAGCCGUGGGCAAAACCAGCCUGAUUGUCAGCUACACAACCAAUGGAUACCCAGACCACUACCAGCCGACUGCACUAGACACCUUCUCAGUUCAAGUCUUGGUUGAUGGUGCACCCGUUCGUAUCCAGUUGUGGGACACUGCAGGACAGGAAGACUUUGAUUGCCUCCGCUCUCUUUGUUACUCUGACACAGAUGUCUUCCUGGUCUGCUUCAGUGUUGUAAAUCCCACCUCCUUCCAAAACAUUACAGAAAAAUGGAUUCCAGAAAUAAGAACUCACAAUCCCCAAACACCAGUGGUGCUAGUAGGGACACAAGCUGACCUGAGAGAUGAUGUCAAAGUAUUAAUCAGCCUGAAUCACUACCAUGUAAAACCUGUGCCGAGAACACAAGCAGAAGGCCUGGCUGAAAAAAUCCGGGCUCAGACUUAUGUAGAGUGCUCUGCUUUGACUCAAAAGAACCUGAAGGAGGUUUUUGACACAGCCAUUGUUAGUGCAGUUGAAUACAAAGCCCAACAGGAAAAGAAAAUGACAGCUAAAGGAAUCAAAACUCUCUCUAAGUGCCGAUGGAAGAAAUUCUUCUGCUUUGUCUGACACUGACUCCAGUAAGAAACAUUUGUAAGCCAAAGUAGUCUGGAGCUCAAGCUCUUGUUGGAUUAUGGCGAAACUUGCCUGGGAAUGAAGAAGGAGAAGUGUAGCAUCAAAUGGUCCACGCUACAUUCAAACAUCUGGGACGGGAUGGUCUGCUGAUCAUCUGAUCUGCUGAUGUACUGAGUCCAGCAGCCAAGUUAAUUUAUAUAUACAUAUAUUUCAGGCAAGAUGACCAGUUUUUACAGCUUUUGAAGGCUUAACAGCAUAUUAAUUGAACAAAUUAAUUAAAUCUGGGAGUAGCAACCCCAACCUGCCUACAGGGCACGAGAGCAGGAAAGGUUGAAUGAAACUUGAUUUAAUAAAUUUGAGAGUUAUAUCUCAUUUUCAAGUCAUAAUAAUGAAUAGAGGAGUGAUGCAGAGAAUUAAUGCAGAACCAAAUUUUCACUUCAACCCUCUUAAAAGUAAAAGAAAGUAAAAUAACUGAGAUAUAAUUGAGGAUUAAUCCAUGUUUGGGGUGAAUAGUGGCUAUGUCACAUCCUUAAAACAACACAAUAUUUCCCAAUGAAAUUAUGUGGGAAAAUGCCUAUGGCUCAAAAAAAAAAAAAAAAACCCAGUAUGAUAUAGUGCUAUUCUAAGAAUAUUUGGAUUCAUAUGUGAAAAGCAUAUCACAAACUGAAAUAUUGCAGAAAAUAUGUGGUUACAUAUGUGUGUAUGUUUGAGUGUGAAAUGCUUUCUGAACAUUUUCUACAGGAAUUUAGUCUGGCCAUCCACUGAAAAGAUUGAUGCGUGAUUUGCUUUGAUGUAAACUUUCUGUGUGAACAAACUUUCUGAUUCCUUUUUAAAGUCAUCCUUAGAAAGUAAGAAUUUAGCAUAAUCAAAGUUUAACACGUUCAAACUAAAUUCAAGAUUAAAAGUCCAGCAGCUCUGAGUAUACAUUCUUUUUCCUCCCUAAAUUAUGCCCUGUUCACAUAUUCUUAGACUUUCCAUAUUAGGCAAACUGAUACUGUAUUGUCUAUUUUAAUAAGGUGCCAUCCAGUACCAUGCCAAUAAUACUAUUUAGGUGGAAGGAAAUUAGCAAUUCUUGUUAUACAUUUAUAUCAGGGAUUGGGCACUAAAUCACAUUUCUUUGUAUUUCACUGCUAAUACUGAAGGCUUAAUGUUCCCUCCCUGAAACCUGUAGCAGAAUAAUCAGGUUUGCCAAGUUAGCAAUUAAUAUUUAUGUUGUGUAACUAUUACAGCUAGAUGAAGUUUACAUCUGAGAUGGAAAGAUAACCACACACAAAAAGACUGAAUUAAAAGCAUAAUCUCAAAGGGAACAUAUGACACAGUAUUUUACAAAAUUAUAAAGCAACUUCCCCAGCCUGAUAUUCUCUGCUCUAGGUACAUUGGGAUACAAUGCCCAUAAAUCUAUAGCCCAACUAUAAUGAAUGUGUAUAAUGGGAGAAUAGUCCAGCACAUCUGAAGAGCAUUAAUUAAGAAAAACUGUUCCCCGGACAUUGAUAAUGUUGACUCCAAAGUUCCAGAGAGCUCCAAUUCAUAUUCCAUUUUUGGCACAUGUGCAGCACAGUCACUGAAGAGGAGAGGAGUAUCUACUUUAAUGGUCCAAAAAGGAAAGAGAAGAUUGCCACCUUUGAUGGCAUUCAGGUCUGGAAAUGUUUGCCAUUUAAAAUGAUUCAAGACAAAUUUUGCUUGAAAGGUUUGAGGAAAAUAGAGAUAAAAUAUGAGAGGAAAGCAGAAAAUAAAAAAGGGAAGAAGCAUGUGAUAGAAGAGGGAGAAGUAAGUGAUAGCAAGGAGAGACAGAGAGAGAGAGAUUGAGAGGGAGAAGGUGAAAGGUGGAAGGCAGGCAAAGAGAGAAAAGGAAAACUAUAUAGGUAACAUUGACAAGGUUAGUCCAUCAUGGAUAUUAGAGUUGAAAUAGGCUUGUUGAUCGUACAUGUUCUCUACAAAUUAUUUCCAUAACUUGGAAUAACAUCUGAAGUUGUUUACACAUUGGAUUCUUUCCUAGGUAACCUAUAAUGCAUAUAGAAGUUGAAUCAUAUUUUAGAUCCUCUCCAGGUAUGAAGACAAAUAUCAGUCAUAUUUCAAAUCACAUCCAAACCAGAUACGAAUGAUCAAAUGUGAUCAUCAUCUCUAUAUCCUUUUUUUUUUUUUUGCCACAGGUAUGUACACUGGGAAGCUGAGCCAUGACUACUCACCUUUGUGGUCUGCACAGAAAUGUAUCAAUGUCCUGGAAAUGUGUCAUUGCGGAAACAGCCAUUGAGCAUUGCUCAUUCCAUGUUGUAUACUUCAGUUCUGCUGUAUAAAAAGAAAGUGUUUACAAAUGAGUCUUUAUGCAUUUCCAAUGGGCAUCACAAAAGAGCCCUGGAACAGCCUUAGCUGAGGAUCAAACCUCAAAAGUAGUGCCAAUUUAGCAGGAAUUCAUAAAUACUGUCUUAUCCCCCCCCCUUUAUUCAAAAUUCAUUAGAGAUAUUUGGUUGUUGUUGAUUCAUAUUGAUGGUACCCAACAAUAUUCUUUUACAGGAAAGAAAGAAUGCUUAAUCCAUGCUGUUAUUGCCUUAGAGAAUGCAGAUCAUUCUUUUUUCUGUGUCAAAUAUUUUCUAUUUCAACAUAAUUAUUUUUUGCAUUGUAUUAUUUUCUCUGUUCUGCUAUAUAAUGCAAAUAAAUAAAUAAAAAACCCUAAGACGACAACUUCAAGCCACA